UAUCAACUUACUGAAACAAUGUGGCGGCACCGGUUUUAUUGGAAAACAUUUAGGCGAACUGCUUUCAUCAAAAGGAUAUGAUAUAAUGAACGUAGCUCGUAUGCCAGCCUCGAAAAAUAUAUCCUGGUCAACAAUAGAGGCCUCCGGCUUACCAAAAGAUACUUCGGCUGUUGUCAAUUGUGCUGGACAACAAUUCAUGGACUUUACCAAGUCCUGGACACCAGGAUUCAAACAAAAUGUACAGAAUUCACGUAUCUACACAACUAAAGCCUUGGCUACCGCUAUAAACAAAGCUCAAGAUAAACCAAAAGUAUUUGUACUAGUUACAGGAGUUGGUGCAUAUGAACCUUCAAAUGUAAAUAAAUAUGAUGAGAGCAGUCCUACAACUGGGACAGAUUUCUUCUCACGGUUAGUCGUUGAAUGGGAAAAAGCUGCUCAAGUAGAUCCACCAGUGAGACUUGUGAUUAUUCGUUCUGGAGCUGUUCUAGGUAGAUGGGGUGGUAUGAUAAAGAACAUGUUUUUACCCUUUUUUUUGGGUUUCGGAGGACCCAUAGGUGAUGGAAAACAAUACUUGCCCUGGAUCCACAUAGACGACCUCACGAGAUUAAUUAAUUUUGCCAUAGAAAACGAGAAUGUCAAAGGGGUAUUGAAUGGUGUAUCUCCAAAUGUUAUCACUAAUGAAGAAUUUACCAAGUCAUUCGCGAAGGCAUUAGGACGACCAGCGUUCAUACCAGUACCAGAAGCAAUCUUGAACUUCGCACUGCAUCCAGAAAGGGCUAUGAUUAUGACCAAAGGGCAGCAUGUCAUACCAAAGAGGGUUCUUGAAUAUGGGUUCAAAUAUCGUUAUGAAAACAUUAAUGAUGCCUGCAAAGAGUUCGCGCAUCUUUUCCCUAAGAAAAACGUAUAAUGAAUCAGAUAAUAUGUGAUUAGGAGUGGGUAAUAUCGGUUUUGCCGCGUAUCGAAUCGUAUCUAUAUAUCGAGGAUCAAUAUCGGAUAUUGAAUCUAUAUAUUGAUGGAUGCUAGUAGAUUUUCUCGAUUCAUGAUAUUUGAGAUUUAUACGAUACGAUACGCUGAUAUAAUAUCGUAGUAGAUAUAGAUUUAAGUCAACGUUAUACGGUUGGUUUUCUGAUAUCAAUUUAUAAUAUGAUCUUAAAGUAAUAAAAAGAACAUGAAAAUAAAAAUAUCAAAAAAAACUUUCCUUCAUGCUUUUACCAGGCUUAGGACUGGCUACAUUAUUUUCAGUUUUUAGUAUUUUGUGUCUUAAUUUAAAAUUACAAAAUAUACCAAAAGAGUGUAGAUUUCAAAAGUUUAAUACAAACACAAGAAAUAAACUCAAUUAUUUGGAUUCAACUAAAAAUAGAAAAAUGUGUACUUUAAAAAUCAAACACAAAAAACUUUUAAGUAUUUAUAAACACUUGUCCAAAAAUUCUAGUUCAAGGUCAAAGCGCGUGAAAUUAAAUUCAACGAUGCAAAUAGGCUAUACUGCAUUCAAGUUAGGGUCGAAAGUUGAAACUUCUUUCCUUAAUUGUAUCCUGCUGAUACGCUAAGAAUAAUCUACAGACAUAUGGACUUAAAUAUAAGGUUUACAAUUGUAUGGAUAAUGCCUGUUUCUGUUUCAUUCAUCACAUGAUAUCCCUAUCGUGCGCUCACUCACUCUGGCCGAUUCGAUACGAACCAAACGAAUAUUGCUGAUAUUAACGAAUCGGUACGAUAUGCCGAUGCGCAUUACAUCGAGCAAUAUCGUGUAUCGGCUGAUAUCGAAAUAUAGAUUUCGAUUCACGAAUCGGUACGAUAUGGCGAUGCGCAUCACAUCGAGCAAUAUCGUGUAUCGGCUGAUAUCGAUAUAUAGAUUUCGUGCGGGGCGAUAUCGGAUUCAACGAUAUUGCUGCGAUAUAUAGAUAUUGAAUCUAUAUACGAUUUAUAUCACCCACUCCUAUAUGUGAUAUAGUCUAUGCGGCCUAACUAUGCCAUUGAAUACUGGGCACUCCGAACUAUGCGCGCACCUAAACGCGAAUGAAAUAUAUAUUUAAUUAGUAAAAAUAUAUUUAUUUUGUAACUUGUGGGCAUUUUGUCUAGGAAUUUAAUACUAGAGUUAUCUGUUUUCGCGUCUAGCUGUGUGAGCUCAAGCCGAGCUCGCGCUCACCGACCAUAGAUUAGGUAGCCCUAUUGUUAUCACGUAAGUAAGUAAUUGAAUUAAUAUAAAAAUAGGUGCAGCAAUUAGAACAUUUGUUGAAUUUGUAAACGCUUUAAUGAGUUGUGAUUUUUUGAAAUAAAGUUUACAUUAGCGAA